AUGUUAGAUAACUAAUUAAGAUCUCGCAAACUAUAAAUUUCAAUGAUAAUUUCUUUGCUAUUUCAAUUUAUAAGGAUGAUAAUAUAAUAUUAGGAUUUUGGAAAUCAAUUUGUUAAAUUUUUGAUGAUUAAUUUGCUUGUUUAGAUAUCAAUAGAAUUAUUAUGUUUUAAAAAGACAAGGUUUUUUUAAACAGAAUUAUAAUUAGCUCUUAUAUUAAUGGAUAUAAUUUUAUUUUAGGUAGAAUCAUUUAUGUAUGGUAUAGAGAAUGUUUAUCAAAAUUAUUUUUAUAUUGUUAUUGUUCACAAUUAUACUAAUCUUUAGAUCAACAUGGCAAAUAGUAAAAUAUGGAAAGCUAUUAUGAUUUUUUUUUAAAUAAUACUUCUUUUGAGUUUUUCAUAUUAAUUGAAUUUAAAUAGUAACUAAUAUCAUGAAUUUAAUUCAUUAUACGUAAUUAAUGCAAAUAAUAAAUUAUAUUUGCUACUUUUAUUAUGGUUACUCCCUUAAAAAAAUAUCAUUUAGGAGGGAAAGCCUAAUUAAUCUAGCAUGAAGGGAUAUUAAGAUACAGCAGUUGAGGCAUUAUAAAAUACAACUUUUCGUUAAUCUUUACAUUAAAUAAAUCCAAAAAGAACUAUAAUUAGAGAUUUAAGUUUUAUAAGUACAGAUAAAUAAUAAAAGAUUAAGAUUAAUGAAACUCUAUCUCCAAUAGAUUAUUGUUCAUUAUUUGAUGUUCUUUCUGAAGGUGUUAUAAUAGUUUAAUUCGAAAAAAUAGAUAAUAAUAGUAAUUCAAAACCUAAAAUUGAAUAUUAAAAUUAAAUUAGCAAAAAGAUUUUUCAAAAAAAUAAUCAUGAUUUAUUAAUGCUUUUUGAAACGUUAUCUUGUGAGAUUUUAAUGGAUGAAUCACCACUUCAAUCAAGAGAUUCUUUGUUUUCACUAUAAAGUCUUAAUUAACAAUAAAUAAAAUACUUUAAAUCUUCUAAGUUGAAUUUUUUUAAACAUUUUUCCUAAGAUUAACAAAUGACUUUAAGAAACACAGAAUAAAGUCAAUCUCCAAGAUUUAGAUCAUUGACUAGUUAAGUAUUAUUACCUAAAUGAUUUAGCUUAACACUGUAUAUAAAUGUUUGUUAUACGUAUAUGGCACAAAAAGAUUUAGAAGAGAAACUACUGAUAAUAUGAAUAUGCUUGUUGUUGAAACAAGCUUUGAAAUUGAAAAUUAAAAAAGAUCAAUUGAAAUAAGUAUAUCUAUAGGCAAUGAAGAUUUAUUAUUCAUAAUUGCUAGAGAUGUUAUACAUAGAAAGAACAUUAAAGAACUACUUCAAAUUAAUUAAUCAAAAUCUAAAACAUUAUCUUUUGUAAGUCAUGAAUUUAGAUCUCCAUUAAAUGUAGUUAUAAAUAUAUUGAGCAGACUUAAAGAAUAAUUAAAUAAUUAUGAUUAUAUAUGUUAGAAUAUAUCAAUUGUUUUGGAGAAUUGUUAUUACAUGUUAAAUUUAGCUAAUGAUUUACUUGAUUUGGCUUAAAUAAAAGCAGAUUAAUUCAGUUUAGUCUAAAAAACCUUUAAUUUAACUUAAUUAGGAGAAGAGUGUCUUUUAAUGUUUAAACUUUAAGCUGAAUUAAAAAAUAUAAAAUUAACAGUUAUUUCAAAUGUUAAAUGUUUAUAAAUUAGAACAGAUAGAAAUAGACUUAAAUAGAUCUUAGUAAAUCUUAUUGCAAAUGCUAUUAAAUUUACAUAAAAAGGAGCUAUCUCAAUUAAGUUUGUAUAAUAAGGAUUAUUAGUAAAUGCUGGAGUAGAGGAUACAGGAGUUGGAAUAUCAUAACAUAAUUUAGCUAAGCUUUUUAAAGCUUUUGGUAAGAUUAAAGAAGGACUUUCUGAGAAUUUAAAUGAAUAAGGCGUUGGAUUAGGUUUGUUAAUAAGUAAUAAAUUAGCUUAAUAAUUAUCAUAUGAUAAUUCUGGAUUGAAAGUUAUAUCUUAAGAUACAUCUUAGGCAAAACAUGGUUCUUACUUUUAUUUAACUUUAAAAAUUCAAUAAUUACAUCAUAAAUGUCCUUUAAUUAAAACAGAAUAAGUUCAUUUGGAUGAUGAUUAUUCUCCACCCUUAAAUGAAAUUUAUUUUAAUAGUAAAGGAUCUUAAUAAUAAUAAUAUUAAAUAGUUAUUAAUAGUGAUAAUUAAAGUUUUUAAGAAUCUAUUAUAGUUAAUGAUUUAAUUUAAGAAAACAUUAUAGGAUGUAAACAUAUUUUGAUAGUUGAUGAUAAUGUAUUUAAUUAAGAAAUAUUGGAAAUGCAAAUAAAAUAAUUGUAAUAAAAUAAUAUAAAUAUCUAAAAUAGUACUAAUACCUAAAUAGAUAAAGCCUUUAAUGGAACUGAUGCACUAGAAAAUAUUAGAUCCAAAAAAUGUUCAGAAUCUUGUUAAGGUUAUGCAGCUAUAUUUAUGGAUAUGGAAAUGCCAGGAUUAAAUGGUAUGCAAACUUCAACUCUAAUUUUAAAAUCAAAUAAAUAAAUGAAAAUAUUUAUCACCUCUGGGUAUGAUGAAAAUAAACUAAAAGAACAAAGUUUAAAAAUAGGAAUCCAAGAAUUUAUAGUUAAACCAAUUUCUAAAUAAACUAUUUAAAGAGUGAUUAAAUAGUAUAGCCUAUGA